GUAUAUAUAUAUGUAUGCACAGAGUACCAGAGAGCAGUAUCAUUUCAUCCACUGGAUCAGACUAGAAACAUAUCCUUUGGAGAUUUACCUGCAAAAGAGCAUCACAUUUUAAACUUACAAUGGACUUCUGCUCUGCAUCACAGCAAACCAGAAGCCCCAGCUCAUGGAUCACCCUCUUCCUCCUGUACUCAAUUGUCACCAUGUGCACUAGAGUAGAGGGCUGGUCCUACCAUCACUCCAACAAAACUAUGAACUGGGACACUGCUAGAAAGUGGUGCACGGAGCACUACACUGACAUGGUGGCCAUCCAGAACCGUGGAGAGAUCUCCCACCUUAACAGCAUCCUGCCCAGGCAGACCAACUAUUACUGGAUGGGGAUCCGUAAGGUGGACGACGUGUGGACCUGGGUGGGGACCAAUAAGACCCUGACUAAAGAGGCAGAGAACUGGGCAGACGGGGAACCCAACAACAGAGGGAACAACGAGGACUGUGUGGAGAUGUACAUCAAGAGACAGGCGGACACAGGGAAGUGGAACGACGAGUCUUGUAUGAAGAAGAAGACGGCUCUGUGCUUCACAGCCUCGUGUCAGAGCGACUCAUGUUACCAUGGAGAGUGUGUAGAGACCAUCAACAGCCACCGCUGUAAAUGCUCUGAGGGCUUCUACGGAGAGCAGUGUGAACACGUUGUUGAAUGUAAGAUGGAGGUCACGGUCCCUGCUAAAGCCAGUGUCAGUUGCUCUCACCCCAAUGGGAAUUUCUCCUUUGACUCGACGUGUCAGUAUUCCUGUGAAGAGGGGUACCGGCUGAGCAGCUCCGGGCCUGUGAGAUGCACAGCCUCAGAAUCAUGGUCAGAACAGCCUCCCACCUGUGAAUUGGUCUUAUGCAGUGAGCUGUAUGAACCUGGGAAGGGUUCCAUGGCCUGCUCCCAUCCCCUGGGCUCCUUCAGCUACCUGUCCACCUGUACCUUUACCUGUGAGGAGGGCUAUGAGAGGCUGGCCUCCAGCUCUGCUACCCUGCAGUGUGGUGCCUCGGGACAGUGGAACGACUCACAGCCGCAGUGUAUUGCUGUCCAGUGCCCCUCUCCUGUGGUUCCUCUGGGGGGUCAGGUCAGCUGUGAGGCCCCCUCACAUCCCUGGGGCUCUGUCUGCAACUUCAGCUGUGAUGAGGGUUACGAUCACCAGGGGGCCCCAAACAUGCAGUGUUCACGGUCAGGGGAGUGGAGCGCUGAAACACCUACCUGCACAGCCACACCUGAGCCUCCAUUGAACCCCACUAUCCUAGGCCUGGCAGCAGGGGGCGCUGUGUCAUUAUCUGGCCUGUCUCUGGCUGCAUGGCUCCUCAAACGAAUCAGACAGAAAGACUGGGCUCUGGGCUCUGGCACCUGCUCAGAGAAAACAUUUACCUGCAAAAGAGCAUCACAUUUUAAACUUACAAUGGACUUCUGCUCUGCAUCACAGCAAACCAGAAGCCUCAGCUCAUGGAUCACCCUCUUCCUCCUGUACUCAAUUGUCACCAUGUGCACUAGAGUAGAGGGCUGGUCCUACCAUCACUCCAACAAAACUAUGAACUGGGACACUGCUAGAAAGUGGUGCACGGAGCACUACACUGACAUGGUGGCCAUCCAGAACCGUGGAGAGAUCUCCCACCUUAACAGCAUCCUGCCCAGGCAGACCAACUAUUACUGGAUAGGGAUCCGUAAGGUGGACGACGUGUGGAUCUGGGUGGGGACCAAUAAGACCCUGACUAAAGAGGCAGAGAACUGGGCAGACGGGGAACCCAACAACAGAGGGAACAACGAGGACUGUGUGGAGAUGUACAUCAAGAGACAGGCGGACACAGGGAAGUGGAACGACGAGUCUUGUAUGAAGAAGAAGACGGCUCUGUGCUUCACAGCCUCGUGUCAGAGCGACUCAUGUUACCAUGGAGAGUGUGUAGAGACCAUCAACAGCCACCGCUGUAAAUGCUCUGAGGGCUUCUACGGAGAGCAGUGUGAACACGUUGUUGAAUGUAAGAUGGAGGGGGUCACGGUCCCUGCUAAAGCCAGUGUCAGUUGCUCUCACCCCAAUGGGAAUUUCUCCUUUGACUCGACGUGUCAGUAUUCCUGUGAAGAGGGGUACCGGCUGAGCAGCUCCGGGCCUGUGAGAUGCACAGCCUCAGAAUCAUGGUCAGAACAGCCUCCCACCUGUGAAUUGGUCUUAUGCAGUGAGCUGUAUGAACCUGGGAAGGGUUCCAUGGCCUGCUCCCAUCCCCUGGGCUCCUUCAGCUACCUGUCCACCUGUACCUUUACCUGUGAGGAGGGCUAUGAGAGGCUGGCCUCCAGCUCUGCUACCCUGCAGUGUGGAGCCUCGGGACAGUGGAACGACUCACAGUCGCAGUGUAUUGCUGUAAGCUGCCCUACCCUCCAGCAGCCACAGGAUGGCGCUAUCAGCUGUGGAGAAGACUUCACCUAUGGAAGCAGCUGUAACUUUAGCUGCUCUGAGGGUUAUCUCCUCAAGGGGGCGAUCACGCUGACCUGCACAUCAGCUGCUGAGUGGAGUGAGGAGAUACCACACUGUGAAGCUGUCCAGUGCCCCUCUCCUGUGGUUCCUCUGGGGGGUCAGGUCAGCUGUGAGGCCCCCUCACAUCCCUGGGGCUCUGUCUGCAACUUCAGCUGUGAUGAGGGUUACGAUCACCAGGGGGCCCCAAACAUGCAGUGUUCACGGUCAGGGGAGUGGAGCGCUGAAACACCUACCUGCACAGCCACACCUGAGCCUCCAUUGAACCCCACUAUCCUAGGCCUGGCAGCAGGGGGCGCUGUGUCAUUAUCUGGCCUGUCUCUGGCUGCAUGGCUCCUCAAACGAAUCAGACAGAAAGCUAACAAGAUUGAUCUGAACAGCACCUCAGACAUUGAGGAACCUUUACAGACCUACAGGAACAGCAUCGACAGCCUGAUAGACUUCUGCUCUGCAUCACAGCAAACCAGAAGCCUCAGCUCAUGGAUCACCCUCUUCCUCCUGUACUCAAUUGUCACCAUGUGCACUAGAGUAGAGGGCUGGUCCUACCAUCACUCCAACAAAACUAUGAACUGGGACACUGCUAGAAAGUGGUGCACGGAGCACUACACUGACAUGGUGGCCAUCCAGAACCGUGGAGAGAUCUCCCACCUUAACAGCAUCCUGCCCAGGCAGACCAACUAUUACUGGAUAGGGAUCCGUAAGGUGGACGACGUGUGGACCUGGGUGGGGACCAAUAAGACCCUGACUAAAGAGGCAGAGAACUGGGCAGACGGGGAACCCAACACCGUGGGGAACAACGAGGACUGUGUGGAGAUGUACAUCAAGAGAGAGGCGGACACAGGGAAGUGGAACGACGAGUCGUGUAUGAAGAAGAAGACGGCUCUGUGCUUCACAGCCUCAUGUCAGAGCGACUCAUGUUACCAUGGAGAGUGUGUGGAGACCAUCAACAGCCACCGCUGUAAAUGCUCUGAGGGCUUCUACGGAGAGCAGUGUGAACACGUUGUUGUGUAUCUUGAGGAAUGUCUUCAUCGUGGCACAUUUAGUCAGUUAUUACAAUCUGCCCUCUCCUCCCCCGUGGUCUUAUGCAGUGAGCUGUAUGAACCUGGGAAGGGUUCCAUGGCCUGCUCCCAUCCCCUGGGCUCCUUCAGCUACCUGUCCACCUGUACUUUUACCUGUGAGGAGGGCUAUGAGAGGCUGGCCUCCAGCUCUGCUACCCUGCAGUGUGGAGCCUCGGGACAGUGGAACGACUCACAGUCGCAGUGUAUUGCUGUAAGCUGCCCUACCCUCCAGCAGCCACAGGAUGGCGCUAUCAGCUGUGGAGAAGACUUCACCUAUGGAAGCAGCUGUAACUUUAGCUGCUCUGAGGGUUAUCUCCUCAAGGGGGCGAUCACGCUGACCUGCACAUCAGCUGCUGAGUGGAGUGAGGAGAUACCACACUGUGAAGCUGUCCAGUGCCCCUCUCCUGUGGUUCCUCUGGGGGGUCAGGUCAGCUGUGAGGCCCCCUCACAUCCCUGGGGCUCUGUCUGCAACUUCAGCUGUGAUGAGGGUUACGAUCACCAGGGGGCCCCAAACAUGCAGUGUUCACGGUCAGGGGAGUGGAGCGCUGAAACACCUACCUGCACAGCCACACCUGAGCCUCCAUUGAACUGCACUAUCCUAUGCCUGGCAGCAGGAGGCGCUGUGUCAAUAUUUGUCCUGUUUCUGGCCGCGUGGCUCCGCAAACGAAUGAGAGAGAAAGCUAGAUCUGAACAGCAACUACCAUUGAGAAACCUUUAUAGACCUACAGGAACAGCAUCGACAGCCUCAUAUAGAGUCCAACAACAACAGCAGGAACAACAACUGCCUGUAUUUUUAUGACAACUUGUCUGUCUCCUUGUAUCCUCACGACAACCUGUCUGUCUCCCUGUAUCCUCAUGACAACCUGUCUCUUUCCCUGUAUCCUCAUGACAGCUUGUCUGUCGCCCUGUAUCCUCAUGACAA